GGUGAUGUGCCAUGGCUGAUCCUCUCUCCAAGUCCGACCUCGUUUCAGCCUUGGCUCUCUUUGCUGGUGAUCCAACCUAUUUUCAGCUGGAUCAUGGAAGCUUUGGACAAACAGUGCCACCUAAUCCUAAAACAGGAGUGGAUCCCUGUGAGGUGUGGUGCAGCAAACCCGUGGAAAAAUUGAGGGAAAUUUGCAACGUGAUCAAAAUCAGGAUUUUCUGGUGUGCUCUCUUCACCAGGGAAAGCACUUCCUUUGUGGACACCUUCUGUUUGAUGUUCCUGGACUGGAACAUGAAGAAAGUUUAUGAGUUCAAUGUUAUGGAAGACCUUGCUGAUUUAAUUAAAAAAGUUGUUAACAUCCCCCAUUUCAUCAGUGGCAUCCUGAGGAUUGGCACUGGGAUAGAAAAUGGCCAGUUCCACCUUGGAGAGGCGCUGGACUGGGUCAGGUGUGUGGGGGACUCCAGCAUGCUGCAGGACCUGGAGCAGAUGGGCGACUUUGGCAGGGUCAUCCUGGCCAUGUUCUUCUCUGAGUGGAAACGUUACAUCACCAAGGUGGCACUGGAGGAUUAUGAUUUAGUGGCAGAACUCCGAGCUCGGACCUGUGAGAGCUCCAGGAAGAAGAGUGAAGCCAUGAAGCAGAAAGGAAAUACAGAAUUUUCCCAGGGAGCCCUGGGCUCUGCCAUCAUGUCCUACACCAAAGCCAUCGAGUUAUGCCCUACCAACCACCUGCUGUAUGGGAACCGAGCUCUGUGCUUCAUUCUCACCAGGCAGUACGGGAGAGCUGUCCUUGAUGGAAAAAGAGCCAUAGUUCUCAAGCCUGACUGGCCAAAGGGUCACUACCACUACUGCAAAGCCCUGGCCCUGCUGGGCAAGGCUGAGCUGGCCCUGGUGGCCAACGAGAAGGCGCAGGAGCUGUGCCAGAACAGCGCCGAGGGGAUCAAGGAGCUCGUCCAGCAGAAGGAGAAACUGAGGCACAGCUGCCAGGAGAGCUGGGGGACGGAGCACAAACUGAGGGCGAGGAAGCCUCUGCCAGAGAAAAAGGACUGCACUUCCUCAAAAUCUGCUCCAGGAACUUCCCAGGAGCAGAAAGGGGCAGAAAAGGAGAGGAAGAGGAGCCAGGAUGAGCCCAAACAGCCCCAGGGGGCUGAAAACCAGGAGACAGACAAGCAGGUGACUGAGCCCCAGAGAGCAGAAGGCAAAGGUUCCACGCUGGAGCAGCCUCCAAACCAAAGUCAGCAAAACAAACGAAAGCCAAAAACCAAAACUUGUGACUAUGAAAAAAUGAGGGACCAUGUGGAUUUGAAGAGGGAAUCUAAAGCCAUGGAGGAUAAAGGUUUCUGUGCUGUGCCACAGGGGGAUUUCAGUGCUGAUGGAAAAUCCCUUGGGCUGGAGGGUGAUGGAGCCUUGCUGGCCAGGGAUAAACCCAUUCUAUUACCCCUGCUGAAAGCCUUGAAUGCUCCAGAAUUCACGGUGGAUUUCAGCGCCCUGCCCGAGGAGGUGAAGGCGCUGGCGCGGGACGGCUGCAGGGCCCUGCAGGAGCAGCAGUGCCGCGGGGCUGAACGCGCCUUCUCCUCGCUGCUCGGCCUCCUCCGCAGCGCCGGGCUCGCGCAUGUGAAUACUGUGAAUAUUCUUAAUAUUAAUUAUGUUAUAUUCCUCUAUGGACAUGCCACUGCCCUCCUGGGACUGGGACAUCCUGAGGCAUUGGCAAAAGCUGAAGUUCAGUUUAAGAAAAUAAUUGAGGACUAUCCAGAAGAAAGUUGUUUUUGUUUGGCACACUAUGGAAUUGGAAGGGUUUACCUCAGGCAAAACAGGUUUGUUCAUGCCCUCGACCAAUUCCUGAAGUCAAAGCUGAUGAUUGAUUUCAAGAUUGUCCCUGGAGUUUUAACCUGGCCAGGAACAACUCAGGUCAUCGAGGAGACACGAAUAGAGAAUUUACAGAUGGCUUUAAGGAAUUAUAUUGAGGAAUGUAAAUUCCCUCCAGAGCCAGAUGCUGUUUGUCGGUAUCAGCAGUGCCAUGGCUACUCCAAAAUCCAAAUAUAUUUUACAGACCCAGACUUUAAGGGUUUUAUACGAGUUAUUUGCUGUCAGCAGUGCAGAGUGGAAUUCCACAUCAGCUGCUGGAAAAAGCUGAAAACAGCAAGCUACAGUGAUAAAAAUGAUAAGGAUUUCCUUAAGGAAAUGUGUUUUACUCCUGAUUGUAAAGGCCUUAUUUCAAAAAUAGUUAUUUUCAGUUCUUCUGGGCUGGUAAAAUGUGAAUUUGAACAAAAAAUCCCAAAGCUCAAGGAACCACCAAGGGCCUGUAUAAAACAGAAAUGUUCAAGUCUUAGGAAGAUAAAAAUGAAGCAAGAAAAGAAACAGCGGCGAAAACGAGCGCGAGAAGAGGCCAGGAAUUCUGCCAGGAAAAAAGCUGAGGAAAAGCAGGAGGGCAAUGAGCAAUCCCAGUUCAGCCAGCACAGGGGUCCUGGCCAUGAUUUAUAUGCUGGGGACCAAAUCCUGCAGCACAUCCGGCGCAAUUCCGAGCAGAUCAAAGCUGCUGUCCCUGACACUGCCAAAUUAUUACAGGAACUGCUGGCCUGGGGAGUGAUCAGAGAGGAGGAUUUCAGCUCUUAUUCCCAAAUUGGCAGUGCCCAGGAGGUGCUGGAGCAGCUGCUGAGCUCCUUGGUCCAGGAGAAGAGCCGGGUGCGGAGCAGGGCCUUCCUGCAUGUGCUGAGCCAGCUGGGAGAGGUGGAUCCCAAAGUGCACAAGUGGCUGCAGCACCUGGAUCACCUGGGUCUGACAGCUACACAAAACUUUCUCCUUCAAUAUGGCCAAGUUCUGCAAGAGCUUGACCUUUCUAUUUUAACCCCCCUGUGGAACCAGAGAUAUGGCAGUAAAUUUGAUAACGUGGCAGCUGAUGGUGAAAAGCAAGAAAUUAGUGAUUAUUUUCUCACCCCUCCCCUAGAGAAAUCCCGUUGUUUUAUAUGGCUUUUAGAAGAAAACAGAGAACAUUUCCCAGAGCUCCACCAAGCUUUAGAUGAAUUCUUUGAUAAAAUGGAUGAUCCAACCAUUAUAUUAAAGAAGCAGGGAAAUGAGAAUUUAUCAAAUAAUGAAAUCAAAGUUAAAAACAAAAACAGGAAGAAGAAUUUGAAAGAUUCAAAGUCUAUUUUAGUAUUAUCCAGUGGAGUUAGUACAGCACCACGAGAAGAAGAGAAGAUAUUUAUAGAAGAAAAUAAUUUGUACAGAGAUUUUCCAAAUGAAAAUCCCUUUGUAAUCCCUGAAUAUCUCCAGGAGCAACUGGAGGAAUUCGAAGCCAACUAUAAUAUUGCAAAUAGUAACAAUUAUCAAAUGAAUAAUAAUCCAGAUCCAAUCUCUGAGAAUUUAUAUGAUUAUUUCUCUCAAAUCUUGGAAGAACAUGGCCCUCUGGAAAUUAAUAAUAAAUUACUGGUUGGGGAAUAUGAAAACUUCCCUGAGGAGACUCGGAAGGUGGUGGAGGAUGAAGGCGGCCUGGAGCCCUUCCUGCUGAGAUCCCUUCGGUUCAUCAUGGUGGAUAAUCUGAUUGGCCUGAGGAAGCACUCGGUCCUUUUUGAAGGAAAUCCAAGCAGAAAUGAGAAUAAAACCGAAAAUCCACCUGGGGAAUUGCAGGGGAGCCCUUCCCCCAGCAAGCUGCCCUUGAAUCCCUAUGCCCAGGAGUUCAGGCCUCUCUCGUACCCCGUGGACGCCCCUGUGGCAGCAGCUCCUGAUCUACCAGAUUAUCACACCCAGCAAUAUUUCCCCUACUCCUUCCCUGCUGGCAAUCCUCUGGAAAAUGCAAAUAUUGAUUCCAUGGAAAACCAGAUUCCAUUUUCAGGUGUUUUACUGAAGGGAUUCGAGCCUGCAGGCCCCGCUGUGUUUUUACCUCAGAGCUCCUGGGGUUAUCAGUAUGGAAUAGUGCCCCUGGCACAGGCUGGGUUCAUUUAUGCUGAUCCUGCAGCUCCUCAGGAAAAUCUGCACUCAGCAAUUCCAGCUGGGAAAUGCAGCCCUGGGCCUUUGGUGCCACCUGAAAUCCAGGAGCACAAAGGCCCUUGGAGCCGCUUGGAGAACUUGGAGAAAAAGGAUUCUGCUUUUCCAAAUGGUUCAGAUAAAGCUGAGGGUGAUAAAUGUGUUAAAAAGGAAAAAGGAAAGGAAAAUAAAGCCGGGAUGAAGAGCAAUCCUCACACAAAGAUGGUGGCUGUUCAGGUAAAUCAGGAAGUUGCUAAUAGGGAAACCAAUACUUUGCCAUUCCACCCAUUUGAAAAUCAACAAGGCGACAUUCUGCGUGCGGAGAAGGAGCACCAGGUGCUGCAGGAACAACUCAGAGAGGCACAGGAGAAGUUCAGGCAGUCUCAGAGCAGGAGCUUGGAGGAAAUUGCUGCUCUGGAAGAGCUCCUGAGAAAAAGUAUUGAAGAGACUGAGGUGUCCCAGAAUGAGCUGCAUUGGUUCCACCAGGACUCGGAAGCACAAAUGAAGAAAUGGCAGCAGGAGAAGAAGGAAAACCGGGAGAAUCUGAAAGCGCUGAGGGGCACGGCUAAAAAGCACUCGGAGAGCAAUGAGAGGUAUUUGAAGGCCAUUGAUGAGAAGCAAAAGCAAUAUAAUGCAAGUUUAAAUACAUUUCUGGAGACCAGUAAUAAAUUUGCCAGUGAGAAAGGCAAAUUGGAAGAGCUGAUCAAAAAAAGUCAAGAUGACAUCCAGGAGUGUGAGAAAAGAGCUGUUAAAGCAGAGGUGUCAGUGCUGCAGAGCUGGAAGGAAACAGAGAGCUGGAAGCUCAGAGGGGCCCUGGCCAAGGCAGAGGGGAACCUGCGGGUGCUGAGGACACUGGGCAGCUCAGCUUCUGCACCUCCUGUGUUGAAGUCCCAGAUUGAUUCCUGGGAAAUAUUUAUUUCAGAUGUCAAGAAACAAUUGGAAAAAGUCGAGGCUGAGUAUGAAGAGAAGAUUGAGCAGGUGGAGCGAGGGGCCCGGGGCUGCCUCAGCAGAGUGGAAGUCGUGGAUUUGCCUUGGCCCCAGGGCUUUGCUACAAUGCCAGGCAGAGCUCCAGUGUGUGACCCUGCCAUUGUCACCUAUUCCUCAGCACCUGCACUCCCCUGUGCCCUCCCUGCAUUUUCCAGCUCCGAUGGAAAAGCUCCAGCCCAGCCUCCUCUGCAAGCACAGACCGGAGCCAAGGCAGCCCCUGCCACCUCUGAGGCUUCUCCUGCACCUGGGAAAGCACAGCCCAAAGCUCCAGAGGGGUCACAUUCCACUAAAGUCUCACCCUCCUGCCCAUCAGGCACUUCUGGAAGUAACUCCCAGCAUGUCCAGCCCAACCAGACCCACCAGGAUCCCUCAGCUCUGCAGCCGAGGCCUUCCAGAAUUCCAACAAACAAAAAGCUUCCAAAAAGAAUUGAAAAUGUUUUAGCCCAGCUCCAGAGUAUCUUCCCAAACUGCAGCAGCUCAGAGCUCAUGGGCUCCAUCGUGAAGGUGCAGAGGAGGAACGGGAGCAGCCUGAGCCCCGAUGAAAUCCUCAGCAGGGCCACGGAUCUGAUCCUGGACCAGCAGCUCAAGGCCCCUCCAGCAGGCAGAGCCCUGCAUUCCCCAGGCCCUGCUCCCCCAGCACGGGCCAGGGAAGCGCCCAUGGAUGGAAUCGCCCCCAACACCUCCAGCAGUAAAAACCCCUCCCAGCCGAACCUGCAGCCCUGGGGCAAGGCUGGAGCUGCACCUAAAGCCAGAUGGAGGAAGCAGGACAGUGCUGCCUGCAGUGAGGAUCCCUGCAGCAUCUGUCACGAUGAGCUGAGCAGAGACUGCUGUGAGCUCGAGUGUGGCCAUCGCUUCCACAGAGAGGUGAGCUCUGCUCCUGUUCCUCAUCUGCACCUCAGACACAACCCCACUGCCUCCCCUUACCCUUCAACAACAAGGGCACAGUCCCCUUCUCCAGCCUUUGCCCCCAGACUGGAGCACAAGCAGCCUGGCAGAAAGCUUUAGGUGUUCUUAAAAUAAAAUGAUUCAUCAGAGUGGAUUUCUGAUGAUGCUUCAGAGAAUGGGUUUGGUUGGGAUUGCUGGCAGCACACUCAGGGAAUGGGUUAUCCCUGAAAACUCUGUAUUUGCCUCCUGCUAGUGGAAACCCAUGAAGUAAAAAGCCAGGAUUGUGUUGGAAUAACUCCACAUUUCCCCCUUGACCGUUUUAAUGCUGAUUUAAUCAAUCUGAUCAGCGUGGGAGCACAGUUCCACACCACUGAGAUCUGGGGCUGUGGAGCUCACUGAAGAGCUUCCCCAGCAGUGCCAAUCGCUGCCAGCCUCCAGCUGGAACAUUGGAGCUGGUUCCCUGUUCCCUGUCGGUUCCCUGUUCCCGUUGUGUCUGACCUGUCCCUGUCCCUGUCCCCGCAGUGCAUCCGGACGUGGCUCAAGCAGCAUUCCAGCACCUGCCCCAUGUGCCGGGUCCAUGCUCUGCUGCCCGAGGACUUCCCGGAGCUUCCUG